CCCGUCUCCCCGGAAAAAGUCACUUUGGCAGAUUUUAAAAAUGUCCUCAGCAACCGGCCGGUGCAUAACUACAAAUUUUUCUUCAAAUCUAUGGAUCAGGAUUUUGGCAGCUCUCCAGGGUUUCAGGCAAGGGGAGUCUCCCCCAGCCUUACUUGGCGAUGCUGAGAAUUCAACCUGGGACCUUCUGCAUACAAGACAGAUGCUCUACCACUGAGCUGUGGCUCUUUCCUCUGACUCCCACCAGCCUCGGCUCAUGUGGGAUGAUGGUUGUGAAAGAGGAGAUCUCAGACGACAAUGCAAAGCUGCCCUGCUUCAAUGGACGCGUCGUGUCUUGGCUGGUCCUGGCCGAGAGCUCCCAUUCGGACGCCGGUUCCCAAUGCACUGAGAGCCACACAGAUCUUCCUCCUCCCAUCGAGAGAACAGGAGGCAUCGGAGACUCCCGCCCCCCUUCCUUUCACCCAAACGCCGCAAGCAGCCGAGAUGGACUGGACAACGAGACGGGGACAGAGUCCGUCAUCAGCCACAGGAGGGACCGACACCGGCGGAGGAACCGAGAGGGCCACGAAGACGUCUCCCGCAUCAAUGGGCACCCAAAGCUGGACCAACACCGGGAGCACCCGCCGGGCUACGACAGCUCUUCCACCAUGAUGAGCAGCGAGUUGGAGUCCAGCAGCUUCAUCGACUCCGACAAUGACGAAAACACGAGCAGGUUGAGUAGCUCCACAGAACAAAGCACUUCAUCCCGUCUCAUCCGGAAACACAAACGUCGUCGCCGGAAACAGAAGAUGCGACAGAUUGACCGGUCGUCUUCCUUCAGCAGCAUCACAGACUCUACCAUGUCCCUGAACAUCAUCACCGUCACCCUCAACAUGGAAAAAUACAACUUCCUAGGAAUCAGCAUCGUGGGCCAGAGCAACGACCGAGGGGAUGGUGGCAUCUACAUAGGCUCCAUCAUGAAAGGCGGCGCUGUGGCGGCUGACGGAAGGAUCGAACCGGGGGACAUGCUCUUACAGGUGAACGAGGUCAACUUCGAGAACAUGAGCAACGAUGAUGCAGUGCGGGUCUUGCGGGAAAUCGUCUCCAAGCCGGGCCCUAUCAGCCUAACAGUGGCCAAAUGCUGGGAUCCUACGCCCCGGAGUUAUUUCACAAUCCCCAGAGCUGAGCCUGUGCGGCCGAUCGACCCCGCCGCCUGGAUCUCUCAUACCACGGCCCUGACGGGAGCGUACCCCCGUUACGGUAUGAGCCCCUCCAUGAGCACCAUCACCUCUACCAGCUCCUCACUAACAAGCUCAAUUCCCGAUUCGGAAAAGCUGGACGAAUCCCCUUUAACUGUUAAAAGCGACAUGGCCACCAUUGUCAAGGUUAUGCAGUUGUCGGAUUCUGGCCUUGAGAUUCGGGACAGGAUGUGGUUAAAAAUCACCAUCUCCAAUGCAGUAAUAGGAGCGGACGUGGUCGACUGGCUCUACACGCACGUGGAGGGCUUUAAAGACCGAAGGGAGGCCCGGAAGUACGCCAGCAGCAUGUUGAAACAUGGCUACCUCAGGCACACUGUGAACAAAAUCACGUUCUCAGAGCAGUGCUACUACGUCUUUGGUGAUCUCUGUGGCAAUCUGGCUGCACUGAACCUUAACAAUGGUUCCAGCGGAGCUUCAGACCAAGACACCCUGGGCCCCCUCCCGCACCCGGCCACGCCUUGGCCCUUGGGGCAAGGCUAUCCUUACCAAUACCCCCUUGCCCCUCCAUGUUUCCCGCCGGCCUACCAGGACCCAGGCUUCAGCUAUGGGAGCGGCAGCGCAGGGAGCCAGCAAAGCGAAGGAAGUAAAAGCAGCGGCUCUAACCGAAGCAACAGCGAGAAAAGCCGGAGGACCUUGGCUCGGGAUAAGGACCGCAAGUCAGCCGGCAGCGGCAGCGAAUCGGAUCCCACUGCCCGGAGCGGGGUAGCAGGGAGCGUCCUUCGGCGCGAGCGGCCGGCCAGCCAGCUCAGCCACCACAGCCGCGCCUCUGCUGCCCCCAGCGAGAGGAGCCCACACAGCCGCCAUUCGCACGGGCCUCCGGGCGUUCCUCCGCUCUGCAGCCUCCCCAAGCUGGGCCCCAAAGUCUAUGGGACAAGUGGGCCCCCUGGGGGCCCCCCUGUGCGGGAACUUGCUUCCGUCCCCCCCGAGCUGACCGGCAGCCGCCAGUCGUUCCAGAAGGCCAUGGGCAACCCUUGCGAAUUCUUCGUUGACAUUAUGUGAACAAGAAGUGCCUUCAAAAGACUCUUGUGCGGAGGGUUUGUUUUCUUGGGGUUCCUUUUUUAAGUUUGCAAAUUGACGCCGGAAAAGAAAUAGGGGUGGAGACAGAGAGGUGGGGGGGAGCUAUUCGGACUGUCCUUUGCAUGUCACGCCUUCCUGACUCUUGAUGUUUGCAAGCAAACGAGGAACAGAAAUCCUGGAAACUGAGCUAUCUGCAAAUCAGUGGAAUUUUUUUUUUUUUUUUAAUUCUCCUUCUGCUUCCCCUACCCUGACCAAUGUGAUUGAUUGGUGUUCUCUUCACAUACCCUAAUGAGCUUUGGUAUCUGUGGCAUCCUCUCCCCAGUGCAAUUAUACUGUGUUCUCAAUCAAGAAAUAGCAUUUUAUAUAGUGCUUUUAAAAAGCAACAACACACAAUUCUCCAGUCAUGCAUAUUUGCACCUUCUUUUGUUUUUUUGUUGUUUUUUAAUGUUCUGGUUACUUUCUUUCCAUCUUGGGGGCGGGGGGACCCUUCUUUUGCUAUGAAAAGGACAGUGCUAGCCAGUAGCUAUAAAAUCUAAGGUGUGUCUGCAAGUGGUGCAUUAUGGGAGUCCCGUAUCCAACCAUAAGUGAAGAACUGGCUCCGUGCCAAGGUUUUGCUACCUUUCUUCAUUUUACUAUUCAGGCCCUGUUUGCACGCUACACGAUGCCUGGAUCUACACCAUGCGAUUGCCCUAAGAAAGGGGGAAAUAACUCACUUGGUAGAGAUUUGGGCACUUUGUGCUUCUCCCUCCAUGCACUUCUUCAGGUUUGAAUUGUGCACUGGACUUCUCUGAACCAUGAAACUAUGAAGUGUCUGCCAGUUACCACAAGCAGCUGGGCCAAGAGGUCUCCUGUCCACCUUGGGCAAGUCCUGCUCCUGCCUCCGUUGUUUGCUCAUGCUCACGGUUUCUUGUUUCUCUUUGCUAAAGGGAACAAGGAGAUCCAUCUCUCAGCUCUGCUCUCUUCUCUGUGGCAUAAGCUGCUAGCAUUUGCUUUCCCCCUGCACUGAAGGCAAAAGCAGCUGAUGCCAGAGAGAAGGGAUUCAGUGUCCACCUUGCUUUCCGUAUAAGAAAGCAGGAAUAAAUUCAGCUUGGCCUUUCAUUACACCCAGUGGCUUUUCAUCUAAGCGUUUGCAAACAGCAAAAUCUGACUCUGGUUACAUACCCAAUUUAAAACAACGACCGCACUGAUAAAAAUAAAUGCGACAGCGACUGUCACGUGCCAAUAGAAGCUGAUACACACAAGAGUCACGGGGGGCUGACAGACGUUUCUGUUACCACCUGCUUCCAAAUUUGUAUGCAGGGUAGAGGGGGAAAUUCACUACCUGUUCAGUAACUUUAAGCGUCAAAAUGCACCAGUGCACCAGAGACAAUUACAUACUUGUGAUUUGUUAAGAAUAGAAUAACCCCAGGACCACCUUGAAGGAUUCACAAGGUUGGAGAGGCAUCCCUCAGGAAUACUGCAGUGAUGGGAUACAUACCCUGUUUAGAGAUGGCAUUGGACUCAAGUGGUCCCAGUCCUUGGAUGGGAAGCUUGAAAUGCCAAUCAAAUGUAGCUGUUUGUGUUCUGACCAUUGCCAAGCAAAGUACGGACUUACGGCUUGAGCAAUUCCCCAUAUCUGUGUCAUAGACCUGCCACCCAAAUGAGAAUGGGAAGCAGGGGUUGUGUGUCACUUGAUAUACUUUCCUUCACUCUGUGGUUGACCUAGGUCAGGGACAGAGAAUCCGCAGCCCUCCAGAUAUUGUUGGACUGCAACUCCAGUCAUCCUUGAUGUUGGCCAUGCUGGAUGGGGACUGAUAGGAAUCAGACUCUGAAGAACUCCGGUGGGAUACAGGUUCCGCAACCUUGCCCUAGAUAAUGCUGGAUCCUUUUUGAAAUUUAGGAUUGCAAAGUGGGUUGCUUAGCACUUCUUCAUGAUCUCUUUCAAAAACCUGUACAAUGUAUGUGGAUGUUUGAGGUUACUACUGUCUUGCAAUAGCUGGAGGUAGUGAAAAUCACUGAGCGAAUGAACUUGAAUAAGCUGGCUUUCCCUUAGGAGGGAAACCACUUAAACUUUGCCCAACCAUGUUACUGUUUGGACAGUUUCACAUCUCCCUGGUGCUGUUUUCACUUCUCGUUCUGGAGCAGGGUUGGGUGAAAUCUGUGGUCUUCCAAAUGUUGCUGGACUCCAGCUCCCAUCAGCCCCAGCCAGCAUGGUCAGUGGUCAGAGGUUGUGGCAGAUGUGGUUCAGCAGCAUCUGGAGGGCUACAGGUCCCCCAUCCUUGUCCUGGAGUGACAACCAGCUGCCGUUCUUGUUCUGCAUCUCUGCUGGGCUGUUGUUGUAGCACUUCAUAUAAAUGAUGGGCAUGAACUUCCAAGAUUGCCGCCAAAGAAGAUCAAAAACAGGCAUAAAAUUUUAAGGGUGGUGAGAGUGGUUUUGAAAACCUGUGGGGUUUUUUUCCUGACAUGAAAGCAUGCAUACAUACAUUUUCCUGCAUCUAUGAACAACGGCCACAAGACCACCAAGAACAAACCAGUUCUAGAAACAUUGGAGAAAAGCUGAGUGUGGUUGGUGCCUAUUGGUUAGUCCCCACUAGUGACACCAUGAUCACACAACACACACCUCAACUUUGUAAAAAUAUUCCUGACUCUCUUUUGGGGAGGUGAGUAAAGUGAAAGGUGGACAGGUAUUGAACGUUAUGUGAGUGCUGCUUAAAAAAUAAAUUGCAAAGCCAAAAUGCCCACCUGAUGCUUCAGUAAGAUGGACAAGGUAUAGUGUUGAUAUAGUAUUUGAUUGGCAUGGAGUGUACAUGUUCUAGGCAAAUGAGAAAGGUGAGAUGCAACUCCCAGGUUUACAAGUUGUUGCAUUCUCUGUCACAUGUAUUUUAUCUGUUUUCGCCCUAUUUGUUUCUUCCGGGCGAUUUGAGCACUUAACUGACCAUUGGUUUUAUAAGCUGUGUUGAUAGCACUGAGCCAGCAAUACUUUCCAAUGUGUGCUGUGUGCAAGCUGGCCUGUCUCUUUAUAGCUUGCUCAUCAGGAGGAAAAGGGGGGGGCGGCCUUCUCAUUCCACAUCCGUCCACCCUCCUCCCCAAAUACUCAUGUGGACUGCUGGCUGUCUUCUGUGAGGUCCCCCCCUUUCAUUUUUAAAUGAGUGUUUUCCUGUACUUUGAGCUACAGCAUCCACAGUCUGGCCUGGCACAAAUGCUGGCGGAUCGCUGGACUUCAGAAAUGAGAAUGUUUUGCACACAGCAGCAAGCUUUUUGAAGUGUCAGAAAUGUUGAUCUUUACCAAAAAAAAUUUUUAAGUCCUUUGCAGUCCUUGGACUGGUUGUAAGAAAGAGAUAUAGGCAGGUGGAUUGAAGGCAUCUGAAGUUGGUGGGGCAGUGCCCCAUAUGUCUUCAUGAACUAGCUUCUACUGUGCAUGAGGGUGAAUGAACCCAGUACUGCCCUCCUCCCGGGUUUGGCUUGGUCAUUUUGUGUCCCCGCUCUGGGAAAUGUAGCUGUACAGUGGGGAAUAGGAGGGUCUCCUAACAACACACCCCUUAAAAACUACAGCUCCCAGAAUUCUGUGGGGGAAGCUACGCCUGUCUACAGUGGUAUCACAGUGCUUUGAAUGUAUGGUGCGGAUGUGGUCUCUCCUGUACUCACUCUCACUUCCGCAUCACUUAAGGGUUUUGCUGACUUCCAGUCCACAUGCUUAUGUUUUCAAGCUCGGCUUCUCAGCGAUGAGAGCGAAAACCUCUUAAAAAUGCUUUUUAAAAAGCUGAGUGAGAAUGCAGAAUUCUAUGAUCUACAAAACAUGGCGCACUUGCUUGGCAGUUGAGUGCAAUGAAUAUACAUGGCUGUGCUUAUCAAAUUGACAGGAAAAGGUGCAAUUGCUACUAUAGCAAACUUCUGCAGCAGAAUAAACUUGCUAGCACUGAAAUUUCCAAACUGGGCUGGAGCCGUUUGGAUGGCUACUUGUGUGGCGAGAAAUAAAUUAACUAAAAUAA